CCUCCGCUAUAUACAUAUAUAUGACAUGUUUCACCCCCUGGGACCUCAAUCCUCCUUCUGGCUCCACCUCAGUCGCACAGGUGUGCCGGCUCCUCCCCUUCAGUCUCGCACAGGUGUACCGGCUCCUCCCCUUCAGUCUCGCACAGGUGUACCGGCUCCUCCCCUUCAGUCUCGCACAGGUGUACCGGCUCCUCCCCUUCAGUCUCGCGCAGGUGUGCCGGCUCCUCCCCUUCAGUCUCGCGCAGGUGUGCCGGCUCCUCCCCUUCAGUCUCGCGCAGGUGUGCCAGCUCCUCCCCUUCAGUCUUGCGCAGGUGUACCGGCUCCUCCCCUUCAGUCUCGCACAGGUGUACCGGCUCCUCCCCUUCAGUCUCACGCAGGUGUACUGGCCCCUCCCCUUCAGUCUUGCACAGGUGUACCGGCUCCUCCCCUUCAGUCUUGCACAGGUGUAUCGGCUCCUCCCCUCCAGUCUCGCACAGGUGUACUGGCUCCUCCCAUCCAGUCUCGCACAGGUGUACUGGCUCCUCCCAUCCAGUCUCGCACAGGUGUAUCGGCUCCUCCCCUUCAGUCUCGCACAGUUGUGCCGGCUCCUCCCCUUCAGUUUCAGGUGUACUGGCUCCUCCCCUUCAGUCUCGCACAGGUGUACUGGCUCCUCCCCUUCAGUCUCAGGUGUUCUGGCUCCUCCCCUUCAGUCU